GAACAUGAAAAUGCAUUUAUUCAUCUCUCUCUCACUACUUAGUCUAUUUCUAUCAUUGUGCAAUUCACAGCGAAAUACUACCUUUCAAGUUGGUGUGAUUCUUGAUGCAAAUACCGCAAACGGACGCAUAGGCAACACCAGCUUGUUAUUAGCUCUCUCCGAUUUUUAUUCAAUUAACUCAAGUUACGCGACAAGAAUCGUGCUUCAUCCAAGGGAUUCGGGACCUCAAGUAACCGUUGCUGCAGCUAGUGCGCUCAAUUUGUUGAAGGAUGUGCAAGUCGAUGCCAUUAUUGGUCCUCAAUCAUCUACACACGCAAACUUUGUGUCUGGUCUUGGAAAUGCAGCACACGUGCCCGUCAUUUCUUUCACGGCAACCAGUCCUUCUCUCAGUCAACCUCCCUAUUUUUUUCAAGCAGCCAUAAAUGAUGCUGCUCAAGUUGAUGCUAUUGCUGCCAUAGUUAAGUACUUUCACUGGAAUCAAAUUAUUUUUGUGUAUGAAGAUUCAGACUAUGGUAAUGGCAUUAUACCUUACCUGUCUAAUGCAUUUCAACAAGUAAAUGCUCGAGUUUCGUACAGAAGUGUUAUCCCAUUAAUCUUGGAAAAUAAUUCCAUCAUUGAUCAAGAGCUAGACAAGAUGAAAAAUAUGCAGACAAGGGUGUUUGUGGUGCAUACUACAACCCUUCUUGCUUCUCAAAUCUUCCUCAAGGCAAAGGAAGCGGGAAUGAUGAGUGAAGGCUAUGUCUGGAUAGUGACCACCAGUAUCAUGAAUUUGUUUUAUUCUCUGAAUUCAAGUGUUCAGGAGUCUAUGCAAGGAGUUCUUGGUGUAAAACCCCUCGUUCCAAGUUCGCCUACACUCAAUUCUACAACUAUAAGGUGGAAGAAAAAGUUUGCAGAGAUUAAUCCAGGAACUCCUGUACCACGAGAGAUCAACCUUUAUGGGUUGUGGGCAUACGAUACCUUAAGCGCAUUGGCUCAAGCUGCUGAGAAAGUUGGAUUCAGGGAGCCAAGUUAUUUGCAGAACACAAGUGCAAUUAACUAUACCGACAUAUUUAUUACUGGAACAUCACAAAGAGGUCAGAAUCUUCGGGGAGCAAUGUUGGAAACCGAUUUCAAAGGACUCUCUGGGAAUUUCACAUUGGUUAAUGGGAAACUAGAGCCAUCACCCUUUCAAAUAAUGAAUGUAAAUGGAAAGGAGCUUAGAGAAGUUGGAUCGUGGACACCAUUAUUGCAAAGUUCAAGUCGAAUGAAUGCGAACACGGCAAUUUUUCCAAAGAAUAUUACAUGGCCUGGAGAAUCGACGAAUGUACCAAAGGGUUGGGAGGUCUCACCAAGUGGUAAAAAGCUUAGAGUUGGUGUUCCAGCAAAAGCUGGUUUUGACGAAUUUGUAAAAGUAGAAAUGGAUCCUCAAACAAAUAGUAGUAAUGUGAGUGGAUUGUAUAUAGAUUUGUUUAAUUAUGUCAUGGCAGCACUACCGUAUGUAGUCCAAUAUGAAUAUGUCCCGUUUGAAACAUCGGAUGGCACAAGUGCGGUGAACUACGAUAGUUUGGCGAACCAAAACUUCGAUGCUGCUGUUGGAGACAUAACGAUCACAGCGGCAAGAUCAGAAUAUGUCGACUUUACUCUUCCAAUUGCACUUGGAGGGAUUACCAUCACACAGAAAAUCGAGUUCGACGACAAAAGCAAGGAUUUAUUCACAAAGCCCCUCAAUAAAAACCUAUGGUUAACUGCCAUAGCCCUGUUCAUUUUCACUGGACUGGCUCUGUGGAUUCUUGAACAUCGGUUAAACCCAGAUUUCCGAGGGCCCCCUUCAGAACACCUAGGCCUCAUCUUUUACAUCCCCUUCAUGUCAUUAGUGCAUGCCAACAGGGAAAAGAUAGUGAGCAAUUCAGCUCGACUGGUGUUAGUCGUUUGGGUGUUUGUUGUCCUGGUAUUGAGUGCAACUUACACAGCAAAUCUUUCCGCAAGAUUUACGCAUAUCGAGCUUAAAAAUGCCGACACGGAUGUAAGUAAACUUACUAGAGGCGGAUAUUCUGUUGGGUGCCGCCGAGGCUCUUUCGUUUGUACGUUCAUGAAAGGGCUUGGAUUCAACGAUUCGAAGAUCCAGACUUAUACAAGUCCAAAGGAUUUUGAUAGUGCCUUGAAUAAUGGCAGCAUAAAGGCCAUGUUUUCUCGCACUCCUUACACCGAUCUCUUCUUAUCCAAGCAGUGUAACAGGACGUGCAUGAAAGUUGGCCCAACCUAUCCUAGUGAGGGGUUUGCCUUUGUAUUCCCCAAAGGGUCACCAUUAGUAGCCGAUGUCUCUCGUGCAAUAAUCAAACUGACAGAACGUCACAAUAUUUCAGGAACAUAUAAAAAAUGGAUAACAACUUUGGCACCUAAGAAAUAUGAUCCCUCCGAUUACAAAUGGAGAAGUGUCAAACUGAAAAGUUUCAGAGUCCUGUUUGGAAUAACAGCGGGGAUCACAGGGACUUGCCUAUUGCGAAAUACUACUUUUCAAGUUGGUGUUAUUCUUGAUGCAAAUUCCACAAAUGGACGCAUAGGCAACACCAGCUUGUUAUCAGCUCUCUCCGAUUUUUAUUCAUCUCAUGCCAAUUAUUCGACAAGAAUUGUGCUUCAUCCAAGGGAUUCAGGAGGACGAGUCACCGGUGCUGCAACUAGUGCUAUCAAUUUGUUGAAGGAUGUACAAGUUGAUGCCAUAAUCGGUCCUCAAACAUCUACACAAGCAUACUUUGUGAUCGGCCUUGGAAAUGCAGCAAACGUGCCGGUCGUUUCUUUCUCUGCGACAACUCCUACUUACUAUCCUAAAGAUUCCUAUUUUGUUCAAACAGCCAUAAAUGAUGGUGCUCAAGUUGAUGCUAUUGCCGCCAUAAUUAAGUACUUCAAAUGGAGUCAGGUUGUUUUGAUAUAUGAAGAUUCAGAUUAUGGUAUUGGCAUUACUCCUUAUCUCUCUAAUGCAUUCCAACAAGUAAAUGCCCGAGUUUCAUACAGAAGCGUUAUCCCUAUCUCUGCAACCGAUGAUUUCAUCCUUCAAGAGUUAUACAAGAUGAAAACUAUGCAGACAAGGGUGUUUGUGGUGCAUACUACAAGCGGUCUUGCUUCUAGAAUCUUCCUGAAAGCAAAGGAAGCAGAAAUGAUGAGUGAAGGCUAUGUGUGGAUUGUAACCACCGGGCUCAUGAAUUUGUUCUAUUCAUUGGAUUCAAACAUUGUAGAGUCCAUGCAAGGAGUUCUUGGUGUAAGGCCUCUUGUUCCAGAUAUUAAUCCAGAGAUGAAUCUUUAUGGGCUAUGGGCAUACGAUACUUUGUGGGCAUUGGCUAUGGCUGUUGAAAAAAUCGGAUUUAGGGAGUCGAGUUAUUUGCAAAACACAAGUGUUUCUAACUCUAGCUAUAUGUUUAUUACUGGAAAAUCACAGACAGGUCCACAACUUCUCGCAGCAAUGAAUGAAACUAAUUUCACAGGUCUCUCAGGGAAAUUCCAUUUGGUAAAUGGAAAACUAGAGUCAUCAUCUUUCCAAAUAUUGAAUAUAAAUGGAAAGAAGUUGAGAGAAGUUGGAAUAUGGACACCGUUACUGCAAAAUUCAAGUCAAACAAAUGCGAACGCGACAGGUCUUUCAGGUGAGAAAUUGGAGAUUAUUAUAUGGCCCGGAGAAUCGAGGAAUGUUCCAAAGGGAUGGGAGGUCCCAGUAAGCGGUAAAAAGCUCAGAGUUGGAAUUCCAGCUGUAGCUGGUUUUCCAGAAUACAUAAAAGUAGAAACGGAUCCAAAAACAAAUAGUACCAAAAUAAGUGGAUUGUACAUAGAUUUGUUUGAUUCUGUCAUGGCUGCACUACCUUAUGCAGUCAGAUACGAAUAUGUCCCGUUUGUAAAUUCCGAUGGCUCAAGUGCUGGGAACUAUGACGAUUUGUCACGUGAAGUUCAAAAUGGGAGCUUUGAUGCUGCUGUUGGAGACAUAACAAUCACAGAAAUGAGAUCAGAAUAUGUCGACUUCACUCUUCCGAUUGAAGACGGUGGGGUUACCAUUACACAGAAUGUUUUUAAUGAGGAUAACAAUGGAGCAGGAAUAUUCUUGGAGCCCCUAGAAGGUAAACUGUGGUUAACUGCCAUAGCCCUUUUCAUUUUCACCGGAUUGUCUCUAUGGAUUCUCGAGCAUAGGUUUAACGAAGCUUUCAGAGGUCCCCCAUCGGAACAUGUUGGCCUCAUCGUUUACAUCCCCUUCAUGUCGUUAGUAUUUGCCAACAGGGAAAAAAUAGUGAGCAAUUUAGCUCGACUGGUGUUAGUCGUGUGGGUGUUUGUUGUCCUGAUAUUGACCUCAACUUACACGGCAAAUCUUUCUUCUAUAUUAACAGUACCCAAGCCUGUAAAUGCUACCAUAACUGUAGCUAUGCUUGUCGAAAACAAAGACAAUGUUGGAUGCCGCGAAGGCUCUUUCAUUAUUCAAUAUUUGAUAGGGCUGGGAUUCGACGAUUCCAAGAUCAUACGUUAUAGAACUUCAGACGAAUUUGAUAAUGCCUUGAGUAAUGGAAGCAUUAAGGCGUUGCUUUCUCGCACUUCUUACACCAAUCUAUUCUUAUCCAAGUACUGCAACAAGUACGCGAGAGUUGACACAACUUAUGACACCGAGGGCAUUGCCUUUCUGUUCCCUAAGGGGUCACCAUUAGUUGCUGAUGUCUCUCGCGCAAUCGUUAAACUAACAGAUGACCAAAAACUCACUGAAAUAAGGGGCCGUUGGAUAAAAGAAUCGACGUGCAAAGAUACAUCAGAGGACCAUUCAACACAAAUCAGCCUGAAAAGUUUCGCAAUCUUGUUUGGAGUAACAGGUGGAAUCACAGGGAUUUGUCUUGUACUAUUACUAGCGUCAUAUCUCUACAAUAACAGAGAUUUUAUUCGGAGGGUCAUCUCAAACUCUGGCACAACAACUUGGUCCAAAGUACGCGCGAUUUCCAAGCAUUUCGAUCAGAGAGACCCUAAAGCUUUUCGUUCUAAAGAAGACGGAGAAAAUCAAGAUCGUUGUUGUAGCAGCACAGUAGUUUCGGUCACGUCAGAUCAAGAAACGGCAAGUGAUAAUGGAGACCUCAGUCCGAAUUCAGACCACAUAACUGCAGCUGCACAUCAGCCACGUUAUUGUCCAGAUGUGUGA